CUGCUACUGACACAUAUGCAUUGCCACGUGAUUCUUUCGAAAUGGUAAUCACAUGACAUUCGACAUGGUCUGAGCGUGUCGGAUAAACUAUAGUCCCUCGGAGGUCGUGAUAUGUCAAGGUCCCACAUUUACUUGAUAUCACGUGAUUGUCAUCCUGUUCCGAACGACUGUCCUGCUAUCCUCCUUGUUGUUUACUACCCCCUACAAACCUAGCCCAAUGAUGAUGCAACGCCUAACGCAGCGACUGAAGCACUCCAUAUUUGGGCGAGCACCCUCUCCAGUUAGGAAAUUUUCCUCUCCAGGCAUUCUUCUCGACCCCAAUAACAAACUAGAGGAGGAAAAUUUACGAGGAUACUCGCCAGAGCAUUUUUACCCCGUGAGAAUCGGUGAUGUAUUUCGCUCGAGAUAUCAGGUGGUUGGAAAACUUGGCUAUGGAGGUCAUUCAACAGUGUGGCUCUGUAGGGAUCUACAGUAAGUUGUACUGCCAACGACUUUAAGAUUCAGGGCUGACACAGAGUAGGCAGCAUGUCUAUGUUACAUUGAAAAUGUACGAGCACGACUCUAGCCAUGGAAGAAGAGAGAAAGAGGUGUACAGCCAUCUCAGAAACGUCAAGUCUAGCCAUACAGGCUCUGUGCUCGUGCGGCGCGCCAUCGAUGACUUUCAAAUUAGUUCUGCUGGGAAAAAUUACUCCUAUCAGUGCCUCGUGCAUCCUCCUUUGGCUAUGAGUCUAUGCGAACUACGUCAUCGUACCUUAGAAAAGGUUCUCCCGGAAGACUUACUCAAGCCAGUUUUGAUCCAUAUACUUCUUGCUAUCGACUUUCUUCACACGGAAGCCAAGAUUGUUCAUACUGAUAUACAAGAAAAUAAUGUCAUGCUUAGUGUGGAAGAUGAGUCAAUUCUAGUCAAUUUUGAGGAAGCAGAAAAGACCAGCCCGAGCCCUUGCAAAAUUGUUGGAGAUCGGGUGAUCUAUUCCUCCCGAGACCUAGGAAUCCCAAAGGUGCAUGGUCGUCCUAUCUUGUCGGACUUUGGGGAAGCUCGCCUUUGCUCAAGCUUAGGCAAGCAGUGGGAGGACGUUCAGCCUUUGGUUUACCGGGCGCCAGAGGUCCUAUUACGGAUGCCAUGGGAUGAAAAAAUUGAUAUUUGGAACAUAGGGGUCCUUGCCUGGGAUCUUUUUGAGCAGAAGCAUCUCUUCUACGCCCGCGAUUCAAACAGGAAUAUUUCAGACAGCCAUCACCUCGCAGGGAUGAUAGCAAUCAUGGGCGCGCCACCAAAAGAAAUACUUCAAAAUAGCGAGUAUGCGAUGAAGUUCUUCGAUCGUGACGGUCAUUGGAUAGGUACCGCCGAGAUUCCUUCUAUAUCUCUGGAGAAGCUGGAGGAUAAUUUGCAAGGUACUCAACAAAGAUUGUUUCUCUGCUUUAUGCGGAAGAUGCUCCAAUGGCAACCGGAAAAUCGAGCAUCUGCGAAAGAGUUACUGGCGGAUCCUUGGCUGAAGUCAAAUUAAUUCAGUCUGGGCUUCGAAUGAUUGAAUUCUUGUAAUAUCGAUUAUGCGUAUUGGUUCAUAUACGUGUUGAGAAGGAAAAGAAGAAAGACCAAGAGCGCACUAGCCGCCCCGUGUUAAUGUGCUCUUCACUCGUUAUAAAAGUCCCUACAUGUCGUGAAUAAGUAUAUUUACGUGGCCAG